AUGACUGUUGAACAACAGCGUCUCAACGACAAUCACCGGGUGUUCAAACAGAUGACAAACGGUAAAUUGCUGCCAAUGUGUAUUGAACGUCAUCUCCGGUCCCUGUCAGCCCCCGUUGUUGCCGAUAUUGCCACAGGCACGGGAAAUUGGCUCUUCGACUUGGCGCGAGAGCUGCCGAGCUUAGCCCAGCUAGAUGGCUAUGAUAUCGACAGUUCGAAAUAUCUUGCGACAGAGUUGCAACCUCGUAACGUGGCUCUUCACGUGCAUGAUGUUCUCAACCCGUUCCACGAGAGUCUUCGUGGCAGGUAUGACGCUGUGCAUAUUCGAUUAUUGUACCUCGCUUUGAGAGCCGAUGACUGGACAACUGUCGCCGCAAAUGUCAAAUAUAUCUUGAAACCGGGGGGGUGGAUAUUUUGGGAAGAGCUAGGUUAUCCAGCUUAUUCAUGUGUGCCCAUGAGUGCAUCAUUCGCAGAGCUCUUCAGAAUUGAAGGGAACUAUGGGAUCCAGGUGGGACGGAAUUUACGUGCGCCUGUACAAUUGAUGUCACAGCUCAAAGGCGAAGGGUAUGCUAAUUGCGACCAGCAGACGUUCAACUCAUUGGCAAUAGAAGAAUCUAGUUUCACAGACUCUAUCGGUAGGGGUGUGACGAAGCUUUUGGAAGUAUCUAUGAGCCACAUUCUAAAGAAAGGCGGAAAUAUGAGUAUACGCUCGGAGGAAGAUAUCGAUGCAUUAGUCAAAUCGCUCCUGAUGGACCUCGAGCAAUGA